AUGGCGUCCCAAAAGUGGCCCAGAAGCAGCGCAUUCCUGCUUUCAAUGCUCCUCCUGGUCCUCCCAGCUUCGUCACUAAUCCCCACCGCUAUCUUUCCCAGAGGGGCCCCUCAAAUCAAGACAAUCCCCUCGCAAGCAGUCACCGGGGACAUCAUAGCAAACUUCCAAUCUGCAAAUGACAACCUAGACGGGCCUCAGCUCUCAGCGGUCAACUCAACCUCCUUCGACUGGUGGUACUUCGACGUCGUCUCCCCCGAUCUACUCACGUCCCUCACAGUCGUCUUCUUCACGACCCUUAACUCCAGCUUCCCCUUCGUCCCACCAUCCUCCAACGUCGACGUCAUAGGUGUAUUCUACAGCUUCCCCAACGGUACCUGCGACAGCAUAUUCAUAUAUGCUUUGGAGGCAAACAUCACCAUCGACGACAAUGGCUCAUCCGGGCAAUAUGUAGGAACUGGAACGAGCUGGAGCGGCAGCCCCGAUCUAUCUCGUUACGAGAUCAAUGUUAAUUCUCCUGAACACGGCAUCUCGGGAACCUUCACGCUGGAGACACUGGCGCCAGCGCAUUAUCCCUGUGGACCUGCUACAGCUGGCCAAGACAUGACGGUAGCGCCACAUAUCGGCUGGUCGAACGCAAUGCCUGAUGCUGUGGGAACAGUCAACUUGUCGAUUUUGGGCACUGAGAUGGAGUUUGAAGGCGUAGCGUAUCAUGACAAGAAUUGGAGCGACCAACCCUUCCAACAAAACGUAGCAUCUUGGUACUGGGGCCACGGCCGACUCGGCGCCUACUCGAUCGUUUGGUUCGAUACCCUCGGCCUCGAUGGUACCGAAUAUGUCUCCGCAUACGCCUCCAAAGACGGCGAAAUCGUCUUCUCGAGCUGCGAAGCCUCGUCCCUGACCGUUCGUCCCUCUGGAGGCGAUGACCAAUACCCGCCGUCGGUCAGCGGUGGCGAUCCGACCGGUUUCACCAUCUGGAUGGAUCUUGGAGAUGCGGGGGCGUUGGACGUUAAUGUGACGAUGGGGACGGUCAUUUUAGAUGGUGGGCCGAGUUAUAAGCGAUGGACGGCCAGUAUGCAGGGGCAGGUCCGUUGCGGGCAGUUGAUGACGGGGGGUAUGGCGGUGUUAGAACAAUUCAAGAUGGCGUAG